CCCCCUUCUCUUCUUCCCCCAUACUCCUUCCUCCACCGCGAGCUUGCCCGGACCGUUCCUAAUAUGGGCAUAACGUUCACCGGAGGGAACGCUCCGAUGGCAGAUACGGCUCUCCGAUUGGACGACCGCCACGUUCGCUAGCAACGUUCGGGGCGGACGCUGCUGCGGCCUGGCGAGUCCCGUCAACGUUGACGACAGUGUCGACUGCAUUUCUACCGGGUUUUAAACUCAACCAGGGUAAGUUCUUCGGAUGUCCAAGUACAAACUGGUUCUGCUGAGGCAUGGCGAGGGCGCCUGGAACAAGGAGAACCGCUUCUGCAGCUGGGUUGACCAGAAGCUGAGCGAGGACGGCGUGAAAGAAGCCCAGGACUGCGGCAGGCUUCUCAAGCAGCAGGGCUACAAGUUUGACUUGGUGUUCACCUCCAUCCUCAGCCGCUCUAUCCAGACAGCGUGGCUGGUGCUGGAGGCCAUGGGCCAGGAGUGGGUCCCCGUCGUCAAGUCGUGGAGGCUGAACGAGCGCCACUACGGAGGCCUGAUCGGGCUCAACCGGGCAGAAAUGGCCCGGCAGCACGGAGAGGAAAAGGUGAAGGUGUGGAGAAGGAGCUACGACGUCACCCCACCUCUGAUUGAGGAGUCCCACCCUUACUUUUUGGAGAUCUACAACGACCGCAGGUACACCACCUGCGAUGUGGCGAGGGAGAAUCUCCCCCGAGCAGAGAGCCUGAAGGAGGUUCUGGACAGGCUGCUGCCGUACUGGAACAGCACUGUGGCCCCAGAGAUUCAGAAAGGCAAGACUGUGCUCAUUUCUGCUCACGGAAACAGCUGCAGGGCCCUCCUCAAACACCUGGAAGGUAUUUCAGAUCAAGACAUUGCCAACGUGACUUUACCUACGGGGAUACCUGUGCAACUGGAGCUGGACGACAACCUGAAGCCGGUGAAACCUCGGCAGCUGCUGGGAGACCAGGCUAAGAUCCAGGCGGCCAUCAAGAAGGUGGAGGACCAGGGAAAGGCCAAACAAGCAACCUGACUACGUGCGCGCCGCUCCCACCGCCCCGCUCACUGCAUUAACACGUCCGGUGAAGGCCACCGUCUUAAACAGAUUGAAUUAUUCUGUAUAACGAUAGCCAGUGACAACGACGCGUUGCAGUCGUUGGAUCUCUAAGGUUAGGUCUAAUCGUUACUGAUAAGUUGCGCGUGUGAUUGUUGGCUUAAGCAGGAUCAGGUUUCUGCGCACUGGAGGUUCUGGAGAUCAAGAAAAACUUGUGCUCCAAAUGUUUUAGCUAGGCGCUGGACUGUGUUUCGUGUGUAAAUGUUGAGGAAAACACUGGUCAUUGUCUUAGUUGCCUGUAUGUUGAACCUUUUUAUUAUUUAUUUACUCACAUCUGCUUUAAUGUUUUGCAGAAAUUAAUGAAACGGAGGGGAAGAAACCCCAUAAAGCUCAUAUUAGUCCUGGUAAAGUCUAAUUUCUUGUUGCAUUAGGGCUUUAUCCCUUCAUGUUAAGCCUGUGAUUUUAGUGUUUUAGCUGCUUCAUACGUUUGUUACAGAGCUUCCAACAGUCUGCUUAUUUAUCGAAUAAAGCACUAGAUUAACAAGCCUUACCUCAUUAAAAAAUGAAAGGUUGGGAUGCUCAUUCCAGUAUAUUGUUCAAUAUGAGCUACGUGCCACUAAAAUCCUACAUAUGUGUAAAAUAUUAAUGCAUUUGAAUUGCAUAUUGUUUAUACCGUGCAUCACCUCUGGCACAGGAACAAGCUGUAAACUACGGUCCUGUGCCUAUGGGUAUGGCAACUGAUUGUGAUCUGCACUUUUAGUGAGAACGUUUUAAACAUUUAGGUUACGUGUGCCAACUUGGACGGGUUAACUUUAUUUUGUAGAGGUACGGUCUAUUUAAUUGGCUAAUGUUGGCAUCAUUGUAUUUUUUUUCUCUUGCUUUCAGGUCAAAAAUGUUAGUAAUGGUACAAGCUGUAUAAACGUGGUGAGCGAGCAGAACUCCCGUUUUGUCCAUGUAAUUUGUGCAAUAGCUGUGUUUUCGUGUUGCGUUUCACCGUCGCCGUUGUUUUGCGCGCCGGCUUGCGGCGUCACGAGAGUCAAUGAACAAAUACUUGAGGAUUUGCAAAUACUUGAAGGUGGUAGGCAACACUGAUGUUUGUCAUUUCCUGUCAUUUUAACCCUAUUUGAAAGGUUGCUGUUUAAUGGAUAUAAAAGACUGCUAAUUUUCA